AUGGCAGAUAUAAUCAGCCUCAGAAUCGGGGGGAACCUGGUAGCGAUCCAGGCCAGCAGGUUCUCCACUCACCUGCACUUCCACUGUGCUCCUGGAGAGGUUCCUGAAGAGGCCAAGGGCUGCUACUACCCCUGCCGCACCUUCUGGGGAAAAGGAGCCAAUCACCGCUCUGCUCAGGUGCUGCUCCUAUUGGUGGUCCCGGGUCACCUGAUCUUCCUCUACACCAUCCACCUGAUGAAGAGCGGACACACCACGCUGACGCCCAUCUUCAUGUCCGUCUACCUGGCUGCUGCUCUGCUGCAGGUGUUGCUGUUGUUGUGCAUAGCGGACUGGAUGGUGCACUCCAUGUGGCGCAGCGGCAAAGACCCCGACAGCUUCUCCAUCCCCUACCUGACGGCUCUGGGGGACUUGCUGGGCACCGCGCUGCUGGCCCUCAGCUUCCACUUCCUGUGGGUCAUAGGGGACCAGGACAGCGACGUGGGCGACUGAGGAGACGACAAGGACACGAAAAGGCAUCGGAGGUGACGGGAACACACUGACGGCCAUGAGUAAGGGGACGCUCUCUGCUUCCCUUCAACCCCAUGCUGGUUUUAAAACUUUUGUUUGUUUUUUGUAUUCCCUUAAAUUUAGACUGCUCUCAGUACGGAUUUCGAUCUGCAUAGUUUGCACAAAAGCACUUGCAUAUUAUAAUGCUGGUGUUAAGAGGAGCAGGGAGGACACCUGGCUGUGGUUUACUCAGUUGGAGGUCUUCUACUUUUAAAAAAAACCUCUUUUGUUGGUGAUUAUUUUGGGAAUAAACCUCCCACUGUGUCACAGACUUUGUUACCUGCUUUGUGUUUUACUGCUUUGCUACGUCGAGUCAGCGGAGCGACACGGAGAGGCAAGAGAAGAUUAUCAAUACGCUUUGAACCGCCGUGUCAGCAGAUCCACAGGCGGUUAGAAGAAUGAGAUUCAUUUGUAUUGAUGGUCGGAGAAUUCGACAUUUCUUUCAGUGUACAUUGUUUUCUCUGCAUGUUCUCUUUCCAUAGACUAACCACAUUUCAACCACAUUGCUUCCACUAACAGUAGGUAGAGUUCUGUUCACGACAAGCACUUCAAUUCGAUGGAAGCUAUCAGAGUUUAUCAUUAGCUCAUUAUACUAGAUUAGAUUACACUUAGAGUAACGUGACUUUCCACACACACCUUCAUGACAACACAGUUUAAAGGUACUACAAAGCAAAGCAGACAAACAGGGAAAUUAAAUAACUCUCUGUUACCCUUAUCAUACGAACAAGCUAUCUCUACACUGCAAUACAGGAAUAAUGCUGUUUUUCUUAUUUAUCACAGUUUUGGCGAUCAUUACUCGGCCUUACUUAUUGGCAGGGACUUGACUACCUGUCUGAGA